CAGUCCCUGACCCUAGGAGCAGCUGCAACUUCUCGCGUCGACCAGGACGUCGAUCUGGACUCCUACCUAACGCUUCUCCAGCGGCGGCGCAGCAAGCAGAGCUGCAUGCAGUAACUUCCUCGGCUUGGCCCGGCUACCUCUGGGAGAUCCAAGUUAACACUCGCAAAGUCACCCGCCGUCUACACCUGCCAGCCCAGAGCCAGUGCGGGCGCCUGUGAGCAAGUCAUGGCCAACGCCGGUCUGCAGCUGUUGGGCUUCAUCCUGGCCUUCCUGGGCUGGAUCGGCUCCAUCGUCAGCACUGCCUUGCCCCAGUGGAAGAUUUACUCCUAUGCGGGUGACAGUAUCGUGACCGCCCAGGCCAUUUACGAGGGACUAUGGAUGUCCUGUGUGUCGCAGAGUACCGGGCAAAUCCAGUGCAAAGUCUUCGACUCCUUGCUGAAUCUCAACAGCACUUUGCAAGCAACCCGUGCCUUGAUGGUGAUUGGCAUCCUGUUGGGACUGAUAGCAAUCCUUGUGGCCACUGUUGGAAUGAAGUUUAUGAAGUGCAUGGAAGAUGAUGAAGUGCAGAAGAUGCGGAUGGCUGUCAUUGGGGGUGUCAUAUUUCUUAUUUCAGGUCUGGCUACUUUGGUUGCCACAGCAUGGUAUGGCCAUAGAAUUGUUCAAGAAUUCUAUGACCCUAUGACCCCUGUCAAUUCCAGGUAUGAAUUUGGUCAGGCUCUCUUCACUGGCUGGGCUGCUGCUUCUCUCUGCCUUCUGGGAGGUGCCCUACUUUGCUGCUCUUGUCCACGAAAAACCACCUCCUACCCCACACCACGGCCUUAUCCGAAGCCCACACCUUCUAGCGGGAAAGACUACGUGUGAUAGAAGUAAAAGGAGAACAGUUUGUUGGAACAAACAAAAUGGACAUUGAAACACCAUUCAUGUUGAAAUAAGCAAAAUGGACAUUGAAACACCAUUCACUGAUUUUAAGUUCUUAGACUUUUGACUACUAAAAUCUGAACUGUGGUGUUACGAAAGAUAUUUUUAACAUUAUCCAUUAUUAGAAAUGUUUUAAUCAUAUUUUAUCUUUUUUUCUACAGUACAAGAAGGAUAUUCUUCCCUUUGUAUUACUGCUUGUCACUGAGUCACCAAAUUAAAUGAGGAAUACUCUUCAAAUAUAUAGAUAUGUAUAUAUACAUGUUUUCUAAAAAAAAAAAACAAAAAAAAUGACAGUAAAAAGCUGUUAUUAUGUUGGCAUCAGCAUAUUAAAAAUAUGUAAACAAAAAUACAUAAGAAUGCUGUUGCUAUACUUCCCUAUAUACAUAUAUAAGUCAAAUAGGAUUUACUCUUCUUCAUCAGCUUUUAGUGUACUUACUAUAAGACCUUCCCUCCUUUGCCAAGUAUGACCCUUUGAGUUCUUAAUGCGUGCCCUUUCAUAUACUUAUUUUUUAUCACUGUCUUGCAAUACUUACUUUUUCAUCAAGCCCUUAUUUGCAUUUAUUGUGUCGAUCUCUAACUCAUGAAUCUGACCACGUAUUACAUGUUAGUGCCUAAAGUCAGUAAGAAUAUCUUUUAUAAUAGCACGUUAUGGAAAAGUGUUUCUGCAUAACAAAGAUAACACAUUCCUGCUGCCCUUCCCACACAAACUCUGUCCUCUGAUCCAUAGUACACUUGCCUGUUUUGGAAAUAUUUGACCCUUUGGAUAGCUUUGUGCUACUCACCCAGGUGUUGUAACAAUUUUAUUGAUUAAAUUUUAAGCUGUUUGCUCAUGGUUAUAUAUCCCACACACUAUACUGUUCUUUGUCCCUUCUUGACAGUCGUGUUUUCCAUAAGUAAUUAUUAUACAGCUCAACACUUCUCAGAGAGGUGUGGUCUGUUUAUCUGAACCAAGUGCUAGAAUUUCUGUAGCGAUAAUUUGAUGACAGAUAUUCUCUCUGUAGUUAUGAGCAAGUCAUAUGGUCUAUUUUCCCAUCUGUCAAAUUGAGAUAAUAAUACUUAACCACCUGAUAGAAAUAAUGUGUUAAUUAGUGGGUUAUCUUUUCAUUCCUUGAACAUGAAAUAUGCCUAAGAAGUAUUUUUAUUUGGUCAAUUGGUUAUUUAGAAGUCACUAAGCAAAAUCAAACACAUACCUUCACAUCAUUCAGCAUUUUUCCUUUUCCAAGUCAGUUUUCUUUCUUUCAUCUGUACCAGAUGCAUUGUUGGUGCUCUAUUCAAUUUUAACAGCUUCUUUUAAUUUUCUCAUCUGUUUUUGUAUGGAACUACACUUAUGCAAGAUGAUGCAAUGGAAAAGGUGUUAGCUUGCGUGUCUGGAGAUUGGAUUUGAAUCUCAGUGCUAUCAAUUACUGUCCGAGUUUGGGCAAGACAUUUGCCUGCCCUAGAUUUAUUGCUUCAUCUGUAAAAAGGAAUUUGUAAUUAUUGACCUGCCUACCUCACAGCAUUAUGGUAGGGUUCCUGUGAAAUAGUAUCCAUGUAAAUUUGGUUUUACAAGGUGAAAAGAGCUAUGCUGGGGGGUAAAAAGAGAAGGAAUUGAAGUACAAUAGUUGUGAAGUUAUCUUCCAAAUGUCUGAAGAGAGGAAUGUUUGUAAAUGGGUUUCUUGUCUUAACCAGUCUUUGAAAGUUGGGAAGCUUUAAAGUGAACUCAGUUCACUAAAAAUGAAAAGAAUUCUAAGAAAGUUCUGGUAUCUUCAGUUAGUAUGAGCUAAUGCUUUCUGUAGUAAAGUAGAUACAGUGGAGAAGCAAAAACCUGACCAUUGACAAAGCCAACGUUAUUUGAGUGUUUUGUAAGAUAACUUGUAAGGAAACAUAAUAUGGUAACUGUUAAUUAGUGCCUUUGGAGUUUAGACUAUUUGCAGAUACUACUGCUAGUUGGUUGGUUAAGAAAUUGUAUUUUAUGAUAAAGGCAUAUGGGAACAAUAUCUAAUGGACUAUUUCUCAUGAAGACUCAGACCUAGCAAAUUUGAAUAUAGUUUCCAAACUUGAAAAACUAUGCUUUUAGGAGUUAAAAGAGUCUUUGCUACAUGCGUAGGUUAUAAUGAAUGUGAGUGUAAAUACAUGUGGAUAAACAUUGCUAAACUCUACAGAGAACUCUAAAGUCCAAAAUGACACAACAGAAUUGCUACACCAGAAUUCAUCUAAGUUUCACACUUUUUCUACCCUGCUCCCAUACCUGGAAACAGAACAAUAGAUAUUUGGGGGUUUUGUAUUUGUAUAAAACUGUACUCUUUUUUCAAUAAAAUGCUGUUUUUUAAUUAAAAAAU